AUGAUAAAAAAAGAGUUUUUAGUUAAAAUAUUGCAUUUUAAAGCCAAAAUUCUAAUUAACUUAUUCCUAAUCAUGUUAUUUUAUUCUUAUCUAAGCAAAAAAGGAAAAGUAACCAAGACGUUAUCAGUCUUAGUGGAAGGAAUUGAUAAUAAUUUCAGGUAAGGAUCUAAAUAAUAUUUCACUGUUUUGUUGAUUAAAAAAACCUUAUUCAUAAUAAAUUUAGUUUUACUUUAAGGCCUUUUUGCUGCUUAGAGUCUAACUACAGGUUGUUUAUCAGGAGUAUUUGCUUGUUAUAUUGCAAUUUAUAAACCUUUGAAAAACAAUUAUGAAAAUAUGAAAAUAGUUAGCACAGAACUUCUGAUCUUGCUUAAUGUUAUACUCUUUUCUGUUUAUGACAUUAUCAAAUUUAAUUAAGACAAAAAUUUAGCCGAACUUUUAGGUUGGAUUAAUGUAGGGGGUUUUACAUUAAUUCUUAUUUUCACUUUAGCGAUUGAUAUUUAUAAACAAUUAUAAAACUAAUAUUAAAAGGAUAAAAAAGUGUUUUGA